CUUCGCGCCCUCACUUCAGCGAUUCUCGCAGUACAUGCCUCGUUCAAAGAAAUGGAGGUAACUGAUUGCAGGAUGGAUGCGCGGCGCACGUUAGCAUUCCCUGCAGCAUAUUAAGUUGUUUUCGUACUGUAUUUUUCUUUUCCUCACCGCGUUAGCAUUUCCUGCAACAUAUUAAGUUGUUCUCCUCCUCCUCCUCCUCUUCUCUCUCUUUCUCUCUCUCUCUGGAACUUUCUUACUUUCUUUACUCAAAACCAACACACUGGAACCCUUGACUGCAAGCAAAAUCGAAAAUGGCGUUUCUCUCGUUUCUUUGAUUAUCAAUAUUUGAGGUAUGUAUCUCAUUAUAAACUUGUUCUCCAAGUUUUCAACAAGAGCUAGCUCAACUUUUGUUUGUGGCCGGGUCAUGAGGGUUUCAACUUUUUCUCUUCUUUUUCUUUUUCGCUUUCACAUGGUACCCAGAUGGGUUUGUCUUUUCGUCUUCUCUUCUUUUGUAUGCAUUUCUUCUUCUUCUUUUUUCUUCAAAAUUUUCUUUUUUCAUGGAUGCUCUGUUUCACAUUGUGCUUUGUUUACCCUAGAAUCCGUCGUGCUGCUCAUGUAUUUUCGCCUAAGUUGAAAAUUUUUCUGAGACUUGAAGUGUGAAUUAGUAAUGAUUUGUUUUGAGAACAACAUGGAGGUUUUGCUUUUCAACUUUUCAGAUUCUACAGCUUAUUAAAAUAAAGGGGGUUAUCUGGUGGCCUAAAAUGUGUUGCUCUGUUUCUGUUAGGCGUCUCACAUUUAAGUUUUUGUCAUUUUUGGUGUUGGAUUAGCACCCAAUCAAUGUCUCUCUUUUUGUAUGGAAAUAAGUCAUGGUGUUUUUUUUUUUUGGGGGCAAUUUUAGUGGUGGGUUUUUACCCAGCGUUCUGCUUUUUCCUAGCAAAUCUCUUCAACCAAAGGUGACAUUGGUAGAUGAGUUCUGGAACACACAGGAGGAUCUGAAAUUUGUAAACCUCUAAACUUGUAUGAGUGAUCUUGGAGCUGCCUUUUGAUUCUUGGGUCAAAACUUUGUAAAAGGGUUCUCAAAGACUAUUGGAUGGGCUAAGAAACAAUGGUAGGGUUGGAAGAGACAAAUAUGGAAGAUGAUUAUUUUAACUGGGGUAAGAAAGGUGGAGUUGGGGAAGUGGAACGUGUCCAGUUCUACGAGUCAUUCACUUUGGAAGGCAUGGAAUACUCGCUGUAUGAUUGUGUACAUCUUUACAGAAGUGGUUGUUGUGAGACUGAUAUCGGUAAGCUUGUGGAAAUAUAUGACACAGAGGACCAUGAAAAGAAGAUAAAGGUCGUGUGGUUUUUUCGUCCUUCGGAUAUACAUAACUUUUUGGGUGAUUGGAAACCACGCCGGAACGAGAUACUUUUAGCUUCUGGUGUGGGUCAAGGCCUCUCCAAUGUCAAUCCUCUGGAAGCAAUAGUUCAAAAAUGCAAUGUUGUCUGCACAUCAAAGGAUGUGAGGAAUCCUCAGCCAUCUGAAGAAGAGUUGAGAAUGGCUAGUUACAUUUUCUCUCAUAAUUUUGAUGUAGGAAAGCGCCAAAUAUUGGAGAACUUUCCAGAUGAAAUAAGUGGAAUUAAAGUGGAGUGCUUUUUUAACAUGAGAAACAAUCAACAGCUCUUCAGGCUCCCCAAGUUCCAGACAAAUUUGACAGACCCAGCUGGACCAUCAAAUGUGCCUUCCAAGUUAGAAUUGGACGAAGCGAAGGCCUCUCCAGUUAAAAAUAAAUUGAAAGAGUCAAUGGUUGGUACUGGGGAGCAAGGAUGUGCUUCAAAUGAGAUGUUAAGACUUAAACUUGCUCUUGAUGGAAAUGGAACUCAGUCCGCUAGAAUAUCACACGGUCAAGAUAAAGAAAGACACAAAGUUAGAUUUGUUGAUCAACCACAUAUAAGUGCAUCAGAUUGUGUAGCUUUCACUAAGGGGGAUACUUCUAGAAAGAAGCCUGAUGGUGUAGCUUUCACUAAGGGGGAUGCCUCUAGAAAGAAGCCAUAUAUUGAUAAAAGAAGUUGGUUCAAGCAACCAUCUUGGGAGGAAAAACUGCAGAGAGCUCAAGAUGCAGGCCAUUUGGUUUUACUAGACAAUCUGGAUCCAUCCUAUGCAUCAUCCGAAGUAGAGGCUCUAGUUUGGAAAGCAUUUCGCGAAAAGGUUGAGGCAAAAAUGAUACAAUACAGUACUUUUUCUACUCCGCAAUAUGGCAAGGCUUUUGUUAUAUUCAAGUCAAAGAUUACUGCUGACCGUGUAAUAUCUGAAUUAAACGGGAGAUGCCUGGUUUUGGAAAAUUGGAGACCUGUCAUAGGUAUCAGAAGAAGUCUAAAAGGGCCAGACAAAACAGCCAGAUUUGUUGGACAUCUGAGCAUUGCCAAAAUCAGGCUUCAAAGUCAACGUGAAGAGAUGAGAAAGGCAGUAUCAACAUCACACUGUUCCCAACCUAAUACAAUUGAGUAUGAUAUGGCUCUGGAAUGGUGUUUACAACAGGAAAAGUCAGAUGCAUGCUGGAAGAAUUUAUAUGAGAAACAAAUGAAGGAGAUUAGAGAAGCUAGGAAAGCUAUAACUAAUUUGUAAUUAAGAUACAUAUG